AUGGAAACGUAUCGAUCGGAGCGGACACGCCACACCGGGGCAAUGUUGUCGAAAGGGGCAUUUGCAGUUGUUUUGCAAUUCACGCUAAGUCACACCUGCGGAAUGAACCGGUGCAUCGCCUGGGUGCAAAUUCUGUUACAGAUCCAAUUACCAGUUUCCCGCGCAUCAGAGGGCGACUCGGUGCUCAAAAUAACCUACGUCAUAAAGCUUGACGCUAAAGGGCUUAACAAAAUUCCGGGGGGGAAUUUAUCCGUCCUGCAAAAUGAUGAGAAUGAUAUUUUCCCCAUCUCCGCGGUGAAACGUACGAGUCGAUGGAUUCAUAUUGAUGGCCUUAGAAGCCUCUCUUUGCUCAUCCGUGGUGACGCUAGGAAGAUCUCGCAUCACCCCGGCCUUCGGUGCAGGACCAGCACAAAAAGUGGGCUCCUGGUGGAUGAUGCAAUACACGAAGUACGGCUAGUACUAGUGCUCCCUCCUCCACAUCUUCAACAACCGAGGUGGCGCUGCGGGGAUAAUGGAAUGAUGCAUGCAACGCUUCCUGUAACCGCGGCGCGGGCCAUGUUUCUCAUUUGCGGCGGUCAGCUGCCCGACGUUGACAAGCUGCUGGCUAACAACUCACGG